GCACGAGCUUUAACACCUCAGACAGCAGAAACGGAUGCGAUAAGAUUUUUGGUUGGGACACAGUCUCUUAGAUAUGAUAAUCAGAUUCACAUCAUAGAUUUUGAUGAUGAAAAUAACAUUAUAAACAAAAAUGUUCUCCUUCAUCAAGUUGGUGAAAUUUGGCACAUUAGUGCCAGUCCUGCAGAUAAAGGGGUACUAGCAACCUGCUACAAUAAAACUUCAGACAGUAAAGUCGUGACAUGUGCUGCUGUUUGGAGGAUGCCGAAGGAAUUGGAAUCAGGCAGUCAUGAAUCCCCUGAUGAUUCAUCAAGCAACACUCAAACCCUGGAGCUACUCUGUCACCUUGACAACACAGCCCAUGGCAAUAUGGCCUGUGUUAUGUGGGAACCAAUGGGAGACGGUAAAAGGCUUAUUUCACUGGCUGAUAAUAACAUAUUAUUGUGGGAUUUGCAAGAAAGUUCAGCCAAAGCUGUGCUUUCCAGUUCUGCAGCCUUGGAAGGGAAAGGACAAGUAAAAUUUACAUCUGGACGAUGGAGUCCACACCACAAUUGUACACAAAUUGGGACAGCCAAUGAUACUACUGUUCGAGGAUGGGAUACACGAAGCAUGAGACAGAUAUAUUGCAUAGAAAAUGCACAUGGACAGCUGGUACGAGACCUAGACUUUAAUCCCAAUAAACAGUACUACCUGGCUAGCUGUGGAGAUGACUGCAAGGUGAAAUUCUGGGACACAAGAAACGUCACUGAACCAGUGAAGACGCUGGAGGAGCAUUCCCACUGGGUCUGGAAUGUCAGAUACAAUCAUUCUCAUGAUCAGCUGAUCCUUACAGGAAGCAGUGAUAGCAGAGUUAUACUGUCUAAUAUGGUAUCGAUUUCUUCUGAACCAUUUGGGCAUAUGGUAGAUGAUGAUGAGCUCAGUGACCAAGAGGACAACCAUCAGGAAGAGAAGAGUAAAGAGCCCCUUCAGGACAGUAUAAUAGCUACCUAUGAAGAACAUGAAGAUAGUGUAUAUGCAGUUGAAUGGUCAUCAGCAGACCCGUGGCUAUUUGCCUCCUUAAGUUAUGAUGGGAGACUUGUUAUUAACAGGGUUCCCAGAGCUCUUAAAUAUCACAUACUGUUAUAAUUUAUUUGGAUUAUGGUGGAGUUAUCUUGAUGUACAGAGUUGGUAGGUAUUGUUCAGUUCUUUGCAUAUUCUUUCAUUGCUGUUAAGUAUAAAUGUUAAAGUUUUGUUAAGAAUAUUUCUGUACUAAUGCAAAAAAUUAUGUUUCAGGUUUUGUCUUUUGUAUUUGCCUUGGAAAACAUAGUACAUUUUCUUAAGGCUGUUUUAAUGAUCACUUUGCAAUUGUGAGUUAUAAUGUUUCUGAAAAUAUUGGGCACUUUCCUAUACCAAUGAUUUCUUGCUUCAGCUUUAUGCUAACAUAGUGGAUUACAGAGAUGUUAUGAUGCCGAUAUAAAGCUGGGAGAAGGUAGGGUGCGUGUAGCUGAAGUGAUCUACACGUUUACAAGAAUAAUGUUCUAUCUUCUUUCUUUUUGAUCUAAGCAGCCUUCUGUUCUUAGCUGGGGCCACAUUUUGUUAACUCUUCUGGCUCAUUCUUUAAUCACUAUAAAUACCGUUGUGAAAGGUCUGAAAGGUUUUCUUAAUUCACUCCAGUAUUUUAAACAGUUUUCCUCCCAUUUUGCCUGUCUAACAAGGGAUGUUAAUCAUGAAGGUGAAACCUUCAAAAUGUAUUUUCAUUUAAGGCUUAUAGAGUAGCAGCAACAUACCAACUUCUAAUUUGCAAAUUAGAUACGUUUUUGUGCUGUAUGUUGUUAUUGGAAACAAUAUUUUUCUUGAUCAAAAUCUCUUACUUAUUCUCAUGUAACGUAUUACAGCACGUUCAUAGAAUUUGGUUGUCCUGUGAUAUAUUUUGAGAGCCUCUGGAGCUACGCCCUUGUUAACCUGAAAAAUCUCUUUAAUGGUUGUAAGUAAUCUCAUUUUUGUCUGUGUUGGCUCUGUGCCGUUCUGCACUGUGCCUACGUGAUGUAACAGUUUCAGCUAAGCACAGAACAUGUUUUGCUAUAUGCCUCUCUUUGGAAUACCCGACCGAGGAGUUAGUGGCUAUCCUGUUACGAACUCUGAGAACAGGCAGAUGUUGCCACAGAGGAGAAUGCACAGAAAGCUUGAAAUGUAGAAGGAAGGCGCGUGAGGUAGGGCUGUGCGUGCUGCCCCCUGCCCAGCAUAGUUUGCUGUUUUGAUGAAAAUUCUGCUGCCUGCUCUCUGUGUGCUGAGACCCCACACAGCCAUAAUUAUGCCCUUUUGCCUUUUCAUCACUAUUGUUUCCAGUUAACUUCAGAACUCGGGUAUGCGAAACAGUGUCGGUUAUGGUAGCGUUGUGUAAGACCGCCCUGAAGAAAUGCCAAGAACCUGGGAUGGAAAGAUCAAUACCAACCUCCUGCUACGAGUCCUGCUGUUGCCAUAGUAACUGUUGGUGUCACUGUUGAGGGACAGCUUGUUACUAACCUUUGCUUGUCCUUACCGCUGUCUGGAUCGAAAUAUGUCCAAAAGUGAUUUGUGUGUAGACGCAGCUGCUUGUGUGGGAACACACUUUGAGAGCGUAACUGACUGUUGUAAGCCAAAGUGUCCAGAAAAGAUGAAAGUUGAAUUCCAUUCUUGGCUUAUUAAAGAGCUUAUUUGGAAGAACUCAAAGAAGUGAAGUCAUUCGAUUAAGCCACAUGUAUUGCUGUUUGUGUUUGUGGUAUAGCGAUGCCUGUCUGCCCCAGAGGGAAUGCUUCCGUUGGAAAGUCUGAUGGUCUGUUUUUCUGUGUUAAGAUAUUAAACUUUGCUACUUCAGAUUGUCUCAAUCUGCUACUGGGCAUGAGCUAUUCACUUGUAUACUGCAAGAAAAAUUACGUUUCCAAAGCAGUCGUGCUUCACCUGUCUGAAUUUCAAAAUCCUUGAUUGGGAUGUAGCUUUAGAAGAGGAGCUUUCAAUCUUCAGACAACUUACUUUUUUCCCCACACGAAAAAUCCUGCAGUGUAUCAUUAGUAUGCAGCAGAACACUUUAAAGCUUUGUUUACAUUGGCAAUAAAGAUCUAAUGAAGUUUUAUUGUCUUUUAAAGUGUAUGGUUUACAGUGUGAAGGUGACAGGAAAUUAUGUAACCAUAUGUGGUGCUUGGUUUUAACAUGUAAUAAAAUGUGGGACCGAUUUGGGGCUAAUCUUGAGGUACUGCAUUUCAUUUAGUAUUGUAACUUUAUACAAGCUGGAAAGCUCUAUCUGCAAACAAAUAAUAUAUUUUUCUUUUAUUUUAGUGUCAUCGGCCUUUUGGUAAAUGUUUAUAAUAUCACAUUGUAAGGGAGGAAGAUGAGGGAUGAACUGUGGGAGGGAAGGGAGUAGCAGGUCAAAUUUGAAUGAAAUGUGUUACAGUAGAAGCAAGAGAGCAGGCAGGGUUAAAUUUUAAUGAUUUUUAGCUAUCUCUAGAGCGGAAUCUGCAUUGUGUGUUCAGCACUCACAGCAAUAUGAAAAUGACUUUCAUAAAGGGAAGGCUUUUGACAAGGUUUCACCGCAAGCUGUUAGAGAAAGAAAGCUGCUGUAGGAUAAGAGGAAAGGUCCUCAGAUGGAUAAAACAAUUGGUUAAAAGCUAAGAAAUAGGAGGCAGGAAUAAAUCAUCACAUUUCACAACAGAAAGCAAUUACCAAUGAAGUUCUACAAGGAUCUGUACUCAGGCCUGUGCUUUACAUUGUAUUUGUGACCUUUUGGGAAAAAGAGCUGCAUAGAAAAAUGACAGAGUUUGCAAAUGCUGUUCAGAGUAGUAAAGAUGACUGAAGAAUUAUGGAAGGGCCUUUCACAACACUGAGUGCCUGGAUGAUAAAAUGAUAGGUGAAAUUCAGUGUAGGAAAUGUGAAGUAACGGAUAUGGGCGAAAAGAGUAAUUUUACGUAUACUUUGGUGGUCAUUAGCAGUUAAAUAUUACUGCUUGUAAGUGAGAUCUUGGGGUUAUAAUAGCUCUUCAAAAGCAUUGGCUUAAUAGAGGUUAAAAAUCUAAUUAAAAUGUAAAGAAUUACUGGAAAGCAAAUAGAGAAGAAAACAGAGCCUUGUUAAUCCAUUGUGUAAAUCCAUGGUGUACAUGCAUCUUGAAUACUACGUGUAGUUCUGAUUUCUUUCAUCUCAAAAGUGAUGUAGUAAAAUUGGGAAAGGUUUUACAGAAGGAUGACAGAAAUGAUGAAUAGCACACAGCACCUGUAUGAGGAUAACUAAAUAGACUGAAAGGCAGAUGGUUGAGAGGGAAUGAUAAAAGUCCAUAAAAUCACAAGUGGCAGGGCGAAAGGAUGAAUAGGGAGUGUUUGUUCACUGUCUUCUGAUACAAGAACUAGAUGUUAUUAAAUGGAACCAGCAGGUGGUGGCUCAAAACAUACAAAAUGAUGUGGUCUUCACAGCCAUGCAGUUGAGCUAUGACAUUCCUUUUUAAUGCACAUACGUGCACACACACACACAAUAUAUAUAUUAAAAAAAAAUGUUAUAAUGCUAAAGUUUACAUGAGUUGAAGUAACUGGACAAAUUCUUGAUAGAAGAAUCCACCAAAGGCUGCUAAAUACAAAGGCAGCACCUCUGUCUCAGGAUCUCAGGGUAUCCUUUUCAACCAUGAAGCACUGGACGCUACAAAGAAUACUGGCAAAGAAUCCCUCUAUGCCUGUCCUAUCUUUACCUGCCUCCCUAGACGCAUGCUAUUUGUCAGUAUAGGAAGAAAAUAGAAGUUAAAAAUAAUAAUGUAUUCUCCAAAGCUUUGUCUCUGGUGUUGAGAUAUCACAUUCACUCCUGCACUUUUAUCUCCCAUAGUUCUUUACUUUGGUUAUAAGUUGUGUUUUAAGGUAUUUUAGAAAGCCCUCAUGUCUCAGAUGAGAAACAUCUUACAAAAUCCCAGUAUUAUUUCUGGAAGCUGUCUGCUUUGUUACAAAACCCUCCUUGGCAGUGAGACUAUGGAGACAAACUGAUUUCUGUACAGUGGAGUCCGUCACCUCUCUUGAAAUUCAAGUCAUGUUCUGACUGAUCUUAAUGCCUUGGGUUGUUGUGAUGUUUCAUAGACAAUACUAUUUGAUGCUGUCAAAUAUUCUCGCUGGUAGGAGCACAAUUACUAUGUUUUCAAAACAAACACUUCUGUAAAAUGAUUUUUUUUUUUUCUUUGCAGACUACAUCCAGGUAAGAAGCUUUAAUAGUUUUUAGUUUUGAAAAAGUGAAUUCUAGUAUCCCAUAAAGGUGUCAAAUUGUCAAUGUUGCAGUCUAAAAACUUGUUUUAUUCCAGAUCCAGUGUUGAUAAUCUCUGCUUUGUCACCAACUCAAUAUUAUGUGCUUGGUGUGAAACUGCUAAAAUGUUUAAGAUGUGGUGUUUUUAUUUCACAGAUGUGAGUUAUUGAAGGAGAAAGGAAUUGAUAAUACUUUCUUAAAGAUUCUGAGCUUGAUCUAAGGCUCACUGAGGUCAAUAGAAGUCUUGGCCAUUGAACCAGAAGUUCAAAAAAAACAAUCUGUUUCUCUCCUAAGUAAAAAUGAUGCUAACUUCAAAUUCAAAAAAGCCUUCAGUACUAGACUCAUUUCCCUUUCUUCUUACCCAUUUGUCACACAAAGGUGCAUGGAUUAUGUUCAGCACUUAAAUUAAUAAAGAAUGAUAUUUUAUAAAGAAUUAAGCUA